AUGGGCUUACAGGACUGGUUACCAUUGAACCGCUUAAAGAGAGCUGUGAAAAAGGUGAGGUUUCUAUUAAACUUGGAUAUUAAUCGAUGGAGGAUUGCUUCGAUUAUGGGAAGAUCGAGCCAGCGACGAUUGAGUUUCAACGAUCGGCCGGGUUUGCGGGCGAUAAAUGAUGAUACCUACGCAGAAGAAGUGGUUGGCGUUUCACCGAGACCGGCACUUCAAAGGACAAUGAGCUCUCCGAUGUCAUAUGAUGAAGAUAUUGAUAAGAAGGCUGAGAUGUUUAUUGAGAAUUUCUAUAGUCAACUUCGCAUGGAAAGACAGGUCUCACUCGAUCUCCGAUACUGCAGAGCAGAUAGCUUGGUAAGCGGUGGAUCGGAUUCAUGA